AUGUCUCAGACCGCCGCCAACUCCGGCGGCAUCUCCAGCGAUGGCCUGCCUCCCGUCUCUCCUAUCUCCCUCAAAACCAUCCCCAUGGCCGGUCUCCUCGUCGACGUCUACGGCCUCGACGAGCUCCCCGCCAGCGUAUCUCGCGUCUCCUGUCUGUGGCUGCACCACCAGCGGACGCGGAACAAGGACCACAUGCGGGAGAUCGCGGCUCGGUGUGUCGGUGCUUGGAACGAAUCUAGUGAAAGUGAGAAGAAGGAUAGGGGGUUGAUCGCCUUGGCAUACGACCAGCGCAACCACGGGACGAGAUUGGUGCAUGAUCCGGCGAACGGAGCGUGGAGGGAGGGAAACAAGACGCAUGCGCAGGAUAUGUUGGGGGGUAUUGUGGGGAUGGUGGGAGAUCAGACGGUUUUGUUGGAUGUCGUGGAGUCGUACCUCUUCCAUGAUAGCGCAGAGGAAGGACAGCAGAGGAAGGUGAUUGACCACCACCUUGCUUUGGGCAUCUCCCUCGGAGGACACAGCGUGUGGCAACUCAUGUUUGCGGACCCAAGAGUGCGCGCUGGUGUGGCGGUUAUUGGAUGUCCUGAUUUUAUGAGUAAGUCUGUUCUUGUUCUUCUCCGUUCUGGAAAUACCAUAGCAACUAACCACCUGAUAGACCUCAUCACCGACCGUGCCCGUCUCUCCAAGCUAUCAACUUACUCUGCCGACACCGGCGCCGCCACCUUUCUGGGGAGCAAAGACUUCCCUCCUUCCUUGGUUACGGCCGCUUGCAAGACGGACCCGAAGGGAAUCCUGUUUGGCACCGCUCCCAUUCCCUCGUUCACGUCGUCAUCGGGUUCUCCCUCACCCAGCACAACAGACGAGGAUGAACGGCAAAGACGGCAAAUCCUUCUUGAACGUCUGCAAGGAAAGCAGUUUCUUCUUUGCAACGGCGCAGAAGACAAACUCGUGCCCCCUCGGUGCGGUGAGGCGUUCACAAGGUGGUUCAAGGAGGCCGCAGAUAAGUAUAAGGAGGCGAGGAUCUCGGUGGAUGAGAGGACUUAUGCGGGAGUUGGGCACACCUUCAGCGUAGGCAUGGUCAAGGAUGCGGUUGAAUGGGUGAUGGAGGUGGUUAAGAACGCUGAUGCGGAUAUAGUCGCUCAAGCGAGGAAUGGAAGGUCGAAGAUGUGA